UUUUGUUUUGAUAUCCGCAUAAAUUACAAAAAGUGUCCUGCAGUGAUUGUGAUUGUUGGAAAAUUAUCCAUAAUAUUAUACUUAUAAUUAGUUGUUGCUACAUCGCUAUUUUACCACUGUGAACAACUCACUUAAAUAAUAUAAAAAAAAGCUACUUUAUUCGCGGUAGUCAUUAAACUGUUAGGGGUGACGACUAUCCAUGCACAAUAUGUCCGAAAAGUUCUCCAUAAAGCUAUGCCGUCAGGUUUACAAUCGUAAAAAUCCCCUUGUUUUCCUGGAUAUAAAGAUUGGCAAUGAAAAAGUUGGUCGGAUUGUGAUCGAGCUUCGGGCCGACGUGGUGCCGCGAACGGCGGAAAAUUUUCGAGCACUUUGUACCGGGGAGAAAGGAACGGCCGGCACAACUGGGACACGGUUGCACUACAAGGGUAUCCCAUUCCACAAGGUGAAGUCGUUGUUCAUGUCUCAAUCUGGGGACAUUGUCCAUCGUAAUGGAUCCGGAGGGGAGAGCAUCUACGGAAAGACAUUCGACGAUGAAAAUUUUCUCUUGAAGCAUGAAGAUGGAGCGGUUAGUAUGGCGAACUUUGGUAAACCGAACACAAACAACUCGCAAUUCUUCAUAACUUCCGGGGAAUGCCCGCACUUGAAUGGAACGCAUGUGGUAGUGGGAUAUGUUAUUCGAGGGAUCGGAGUAAUCGGAGAGAUGGAGAAGUACGCGUCGGAUGAGGGAUCACCGACGAAGGAUAUCAUCAUCGCCGAUUGUGGUCAAAUAGUGCCGGGAGAAGAUUGGGGUGUUAACGACUGCGACGAAACCACGGAUAAGCUACCCCCUUUUCCGAAGGACUGGUGCAAGUUUGAGGAGAAUUUUACGAUAUCUGAGAUGCUGAACCACUUGGACUCCAUAAAGGUGGCCGGAAACUACUUUUUCCGGGAGAAACACUGGGUGGAGGCGUGUCGUCGCUACAAGAAAGCCGAACGCUACUUCAACUACUUCAACAACAAAAUCCGCACAAUCGAAGACCGCAUCCGGCUGGAGCAGUUUCAGCUGAUGAACAGUCUCAACCUGGCGGCGGCCCUGCUCAAGCUGGAGGAUUAUGAAAAUGUUCUCUUCGCGUGCAACCUGGCCCUCGGGCUAGAUCCCACCAAUGCUAAAGCGUUGUUCCGGCGGGGUCAGGCACAUAACAAGCUGAAGAACUACGAGCUGGCCAUAUCGGAUCUGAGCCAAGCGUUGCAGCAAAUUCCCAGCGAUAAGCUAAUUGUGGCCGAACUGGGUCAAGCUAGGAUCAAACUUGGGGACUAUCGAGCGCAACAAAGACUCGCGUUUACGAAGUAUUUUAAUUAAAAUAUAUGUGCAUGUGAAUCCGAUUCACUGAAUCGUACUAAUUGUUAGAUGUUAUUUUAUAUAUUUACAAGCUGUGCUGUGACAAAAUUUUGUGUAUUCGAAGAUAAAUAAAAAUUAUGAAUCUUA